CGAUAAACUUUGUAGUGGUCAGUUAAAAGUUAAUAAUACAUAACAGCAACGUUAACAAAGUGUAGGUUGCAAACUGGCACUUCACUAACGCUCACUGUCACUGAAACAGUGAAAUGGCUGGCUAUAUGGACAUGAACCCAUAGUAAUCUUUCUGCCGAGUAGUCCUUUCGCUUAAUUUUUAUCCAAGUCUUCUCCUUUCUCAAGUGCAGUCUCUCUCCAAUCCCAAUAGUAUAUAACACCUAAUUCUUGUGCACAUUGGCACCGAACUUGCAUUAUUUGUAGUACUCCAAGCUUCUUCCGCAAAUUGAAACUGCUCCUGUCUUAUAAAAGCGAGAAAUUCCUGCAUACUUUUAAGACCUUUUUCUCGUGUAGUAGUAGUAGUUUCCAACUCCUGAAGUCUUCUUUCAAACUUUUUCUUGUAGUCCAGUGCUAAGGCACUUGUGUUCAGUUUUGAUUGAGCAUACAAAAUUCUUCUGCAGGGUUAUUUUCUCCUUUUAAAAAAAAAAAAAAAAACUGUUGACUCCUUGAUCACUCUUAUAGGCUUCAACUGAGGCAUAAUUUCGAUGGCUAUGCUCACAUUGGAUACUGCAUCAGAAACCAACAUCCCAAGAACUGUGCCUUUCAGGAAUAGCAGCAAUCUCCGUGAUGCCUCGUUUUCUUCUUACCUGAAUGGUUCUGAAGAAACUUCUGUGCAUCAACUUGCAGAUUCCAGUAAAAGCUGCGAGCCCCUCAUCUCCACCCCACUUGAUCAUCUUCACCUUGUAAGCAAGAAGGCUGAAGAUACUGAAAUCGAUAUAUUUAGUGCUGAUAAGUAUUUCAAUGAAGGAGUUGAAGAGGAAACUCCCCGAAUUGCCGACAAAUACUCUCCAAAGCUCGAUCAAAAGAUGGACCCUCCACCUGAAUUGGAUCCACUAAAACAACAGACUGGGUCAGGAACUCCAAGUAUUCGCUCUGAAUCAAGCUGGAACAGCCAAAAUGCAUUGCUGCAAAAUAUUCCCCGGAAUCAGCUGCCACGGAAAACAAACAAGGCUAAUCGCAGGAGCUUCCUCGCUAAUAUUGCUUGCAAUUGUUCUUGUAGUGACAAGAACUCUGUUGAUAUUGAUAUUCCACUCGGUGAAAAUAAUUGCAAUAUGAGUGCUAAUGGCAAGCAAGCUUAUGGCAAAGCAGGAAAGCCAACAAAAGCUGUUGGUUUGGUUAGCCUUAGCGAGUCUCAAUCUAGCACAUUAAUCAGGGAAGAUUCACCCUGCAGAAAGUUUGACCAACUAGGAAUUGGAUUGAGCACAAACGGUCAUUUUAGGUUCCCAGCAUCUCAUCCCACAACUGAGGAUAAUCCACUAGAAAUGCAGCGAAAAAAGGAAGAAGAUGAUACUAGGCGGAUAUCAUUAGAAGUGUUUGGCUCCCCAACUGAGAGAAAAGGGAAGAAGUCCUCAAGCCUUGAAAGAAGCCUGAACAUGUUAACUUGGGAUGCAAUUGUUCCAAAGGUGGACGAAAGUGAAGUUCAAGCCAGCUCCAGAGGGAUGUACAAUGACACAGACAGCGAUGCAAGUUCAGAUUUAUUUGAGAUAGAAAGCUUCUCCACCAAUCCCAGCCAAUAUCUUACCAGGCAAGCUUCAAACAACUCAAUGACACGGACAACUUGUUAUGCUCCAAGUGAAGCAAGUAUAGAGUGGAGUGUUGCAACAGCUAGUGCAGCAGAUUUCUCUGUGAUGUCAGACACAGAAGAGCUGAGAUCAACUACAACAAAAGCUAAUCCUCGUGGUAAUGGUAUGGCUCUAAAUGGGAGAUCUACACCGGUCAGAGAAAUGCCGAAAAGGCGUUCAGGUAUUCUUUCAGGAUGUUACAGUCAAAAAGCUGUUAGAGUUGCAGGAGACGUAUACAGAACAGGUGAAAACACAUGCCCCGGCAGGCACCAGAAAACAGAGUUCCUGAUGCCAAUGACAAGGUUUCAUGCUGAAAAUGAGGUUGCCAGGUUUGACAAAAGAAAUGAUCAUUUUGGCCAGGACACACGUUUGUUCACUUGCUCACAGUCUAGACGUCCUACAGAGUUACUGUAUAAGCAUUGAUCUCAUGGAAGUUCUGUAACAUUUAUUACUUUUUAUCUCCUAUUUUUUUUUAAAGAAUUCUCAUGUUUCAAGUGUUCAUUUAGUCA